UGUCUUCCUACUUUCUUUGCUUUCGCAAACAGAGGAGUCUUCCUUUUCAUAGAAAAAAACGCUCACUUUUCUGGGGCUCUCUCCCUGCUUGCAGAAAGUUCAUUGUAGAUCUCAAUCCGCUCAUUCUCGCGCACUAGGUUCGCAGAAACGGUGAUACCAACGGCUUGAGAACCUCCGCAGCAAUGGCGAUCAUAACGGAGGAAGCAGAAGACCACCGUCAACAUCAAGAACCGGAACCGAGACCGAAACCAGAACAAGAACGAGAGGUGAGCCGACCCCAGAACCCCACUACGGCUUCACAAUCUUCGCGCACGAACCCGUUCAUUUUCUGGUUCUACUUCACUCUGGCCGUCUCUCUCGUCACCCUCCUCUUCGUCUCUCUCCCUUCCCUCUCCCCGCAAGACCCCAAAUCCUGGUUCCUCGGCCUCCCCGCUGACCUUCGCCAACAUUACUCCAAGGGCCGUACCAUCAAAGUCCAGAUAUACCCAGAUUCUAGUCCUGUUGAAGUGUUUGCGGUCGAGAACGGGCCUAGCUCUGCCGAGAAUGUGUUAAUUAUUCAUGGGUUGGGUGCGAGUUCUUAUUCUUUUAGCAGAGUCGUGCAGUCUCUGGGCUCCAAAGAUAUACGUGCCAUUGCAAUUGACUUGCCUGGAAAUGGGUUCUCUGAUAAAACUGUGGCCGUUGAGGAAGAAAGAGAAAAUGGGGUUUUGGAGAGGUUUUGGGACGUGUACAGUGAGAUUAAGGAAAAGGGUCUGUUCUUUGCCUUUGAUCAAAUUAUUGAAACUGGGCAAAUGCCUUAUCAAGAGACCGAGGUUCUGCGGGUGGUUAGUAGAAUGAGUGUUAAGGCACUCGGAUUGGGUGCUGAAGAGGUAAGUAAGGUGCUGGGGCAGGUGAUCGAUACCAUGGGGCUAGCUCCGGUUCAUCUGGUUUUGCAUGAUUCGGCUCUCGCAAUGAGUGCCAAUUGGAUCUUGAAUAAUGAGGGACUGGUGAGGAGUGUAACCCUUGUCGAUACUUCAGCAAAACCAGCAUUGCCUUGGUGGUCCUUCGUGGUUCCAGUGCUUGGCGAUGCAGUCUUGGGUGUUCCUUUCUUGCAUAAGAGGUUGAUCAGGUCAUACUGUGUGAAGGGAAUCAGUAGUUCUGAUGCCAAUGCGCAUGGGAUUCUGAUGAAGGGAAGAGGUGGAAGAAGAGCUAUUGCUGAGAUCGGGAAGAGGUUGAAUCAUAGCUUCAAUGUUGCAGAAUGGGGUAGUUCAGAAAGGUUGAUCUCUAUGCCGAUGCAAGUGCUUUGGUCCAGUGGCUGGUCCAAGGAGUGGAGGGAAGAGGGGCAUCGGAUUGCCAAAGCACUUCCACGAGCUAAAUUCGUAGAACAUUCUGGUGGUCGAUGGCCUCAGGAAGAUGCUGCGGAAGAAUUGGCUGAAAUCAUUUCAAAGCAUGUGUCCUCUUUGCCAAAAUUCGUGCGGAAAGUUGAGGAUGAGCCUUUACCUGAGCAUAUCCAGAAGAUUUUCAACGAAGCACAAGGUGGUGAUCAUCACCAUCACCAUCACCAUCAUCAUGAUCAUACUCAUAUGGGUGGACAUAUGGAUCCUUAUGGAAUGGGUCAUGGAUGGGGUGGUUGAUUAGACAUCAUUGUGGAACGUUGUAAGUGGUUGUAUCGUAGAUCCUAGUCAACAUAGAUGACUCGAAUCUUAAUCAUGGUAGGGUUGCCAUGCAUCCUCUCACCUAGCAUUGUGAAGCAUCCUUAGGGCUGCUUGCUGCCUUGCAUCGCGUGCUACGACAUCAUGAACAUGGUUGAAACCGAGAUGCUAUUUUACCUCUCUUUGUUUCCCCUUUUUCUCUUGUUUGUGAUUUUUUCAACCCAAAAAUGUUAGAUCUUUGUAAUGUAAUGUUUAUUCAGCCUUGAAUUGAUGAUGUGAGAGUGGUUAAUUUUCUGUCA